UGUCAGUACUUGCUGGGAGAGUCGUUCAGCGUGCAGCAUGUUGUAUCACCUGUUGCUGCAGACAGUAAACACACAACAGUCAGCAGGUGUAUCCCCCGGUCAGCCUCACCUGCUGCUGUAUCGUCUUUAUGAGUAUAAGGAUGCGGAGAAGGCCAUCAACGACUUGUCACAGGCAGCAACAGGAGGGUCGUUGUAUGUCAUCGCUGAUGAAGCGGGGUCAAACUUCCCCACUGUGUGUGACAAGCUGCUGACACAAGUUCCUGAUCUCCAUCUUUGGGCGGCAAGUUGUUACGAUGGAUACGCACCCGCCAGCUGGCAAGUGGAAUAUUUAACCAGACCCCUCCGCUCUCCACCGGCCGUCGUCAGGGAAGUCAAGAAAGAUAUAGAUCUUACUCUGAGAUAUCGUGUCAAGCCAUACAGUAAGAGAGGUGUGCCCGACCACACAUACGGCCCGCCAGUCAGACGACUGUAUCACCAACUUCACGGUCACUCAGGUUACAGUCCAGUUCACUGUGUGACGUGCGGUCGUGACGUGGCCAGCUUCCUACUCAGUCUCCGUGUUGGUGUAACAGAGAAUGUCAUGACAACAGCCACGACCGUCACCUCCACCAACAGCGCCACAACACCGUCCUGCCUGCGGUGGAGAGACGUGCUGGUGUUGAACUGGGAUGACAUUAGUGUUGACUCGGGUAUGGUGAAGGGACUGAAAGAAGCGGGUAUCCCAGUGCGGAUGAUGAAGGACGAUGACAUCGAGGACGUUGCCACGGCCCGCAGUGACGUGGUGUGGGUGACGAGUGGAGAUCGUGUUUGUGGUCUGUAGAGAAAAGUCGUCGUCUGUCUGGAGAAUAACGUUUUAUCCCGGUUCCACUCCAUGUCCCGGUGUACGUCACAUUUUCUGAUUGUCUACUCUAAAGACAAACCAAAGGGUAUCUGACGUCAUCACAUGUUGUGUAUGACACAUUUCUAUAUACAUGUUGUGUAUUGCACUCACAACAGUCGGUGUCUGUCUUUACACAACAACUAGUGUUAACUUCAAUAUCAUACGUAUGCACACAGAUGAGGUGACACUUUUAUUGCAGCAUGUAAAUACGUUUUACAACAUAGCACACCACACAUAAACUAAACUUUUUGGAAAAAAUUCUUUUUUCUUAUCAACAAUUCGAGAAAGUACAUGCACUGUAGCUGCAACAUCACCAGGAGCAGCAGUAACUGUGUGUCGGGCUGUGGCAGUAAAACGUUUAAGACAAAAAAGUUUUUUUAAAUAUUAACUUUCCAUGUUCUUUUCUGCAGUGGAUUGUUAAAUAUGUUCCAGGGAUUUGUUUUCUUGUAUUUGUUUAUGAAUUCACACACAGACUGUGUCAUACUAAGUCGUGUACAGACCUCCCUUCAAACCGUUAUUUUGCCAGAGCAGCUGUCAACAUGUCUCCAAGAUCUGAGAAUGACGAACAUCACGUGACCUGCCCAGUUAGUUACACAAAUAA